CCGCCGCGGUGUACGCAUCCACUUCUUUUUUUAAACUGUUUAAAACAAUAACAAAGACAAUGACAAGUCGCUUGCCAUACUUAGAUCAUAAGUCUAAGUAGAAGACCCAUACUCAUCAAAAGAGGGUUCUCUAAUUCACACCAAUUGCGAGACUUAAGAUCUUAAACUUAGUCAUUAUAUGCUAGGCCAUAAUCAUUAAGCAUAUGGCAUGGGCAUGAAAAGGGACCAACUAUAGAAGUAUACAAGUGAUGCAGUUGAGUAGCAAGAGUAAGAGUAAGAGUGACUUCCGAGGUGUCUUUGAUUGUGUCGCGCCAAAUAAGCCCUAAUUUAUAAUUAUCAAAAACUAUUAGACGAAAAACACAAUGAAUUGGCAUAUAUUUACAGAAUUAUUUACAUAAUAAGCUUAAAUAUGAGCCUACGUCUAUUAAGUUAAGUGGACCUAAAUUGCCACAAGCCGCCCUCUUCUUCCUUUGGCCCAGAGAGACUAUGCCAAUUUAGUCUAUGCCCGUAUUUUUAAUUAAUAUCCCAAUCCAGGGCCCUUAAAUUUGUGCAUGGUGCAUAUCAAAAUAAUAUUACUAGUAUUAAUAAAUAUAAUAUAGGCUUCUAAAAUUAAAUAAUAUUGUAUUUAUAAUUUAUAUAAAUGGUUAAAUCGUGUCGCAUCUGUGUAAUUUGUUUUCUUAUUAUACAUUGUCAUUGGCUUUUUUUAGAAUAUAAACACUGCGAAACAGAUACUAUUUUGACUGCUAAGUAUAAGUACUGUGCAAUAAUUCAAUACCGGUAAUACAUAUGAUCGUGUGUUCUGUUAAUGAUGGUACACAGUUUGAUUGCGUUUGCUUCAAUUUUUUAAGUGUUAUUUUAUUUUUAUACAUAUUUUAGCUCUGCCUAUGAAGGAGGACAACAAUUGCGUGGUUAUUAUUAUUAUAAGAGGGGGUCACAAGAAAAGGUUGAGAAACACUCGCUUCCGAAAUUAUAAUUAUGAUUAUGUUUAAAAAUGACUUUCAAUUUUGUAAUAAUUUUAAUUUUGUUUAAUUUUAAUGUCUUUUUAGUUGUUGGGUCAGUCUGUUUAUUAUGCCUAAUAACCACAUUAUGAUUAUAUCAGUAUUCAAUAUUGGCAUAAAUGAGUCAUUGUUUACCAUAUUAUUAUUAUUAUUAUUUUACUCAUUUUAACAGAUUACUGAUACACUGAUUGAUUACAAAAUUACAGUGAUUUGAUCUUUACAGUUUUAUAAUUUAUAGACUGCUCAAACUUCGUCUUUGUCUUAGACUUAGAAUUUGAUAUAUAAAAAACACAGUGGUCCAUUCAGUUGACUCUGGGAUUCAGUUUGGUUUAAAAAAUAAAUAAAAAUUACUUUUUUUUUGAAAUAUUAAAAUUUACAGGCUAAGGAUGUUAAAUGAUGUUGAUUUUUGAGAUCUGAAUACCAUAUUUUUUUAAUCAUAAAUGAAAAAAUUUCAGAUUUUUUUUUGAUAACCAAAAUUAGAUAACCUAACAGUUAAAUGCAACAUUAAUUACUUUAACAAAGUCAAACUAUACUCCAUGCUACUUUAAUGUUAAAGGGACUUAGCUUAAUUCCUGGAAGGUAACUUCCAAAAGUAUAUAUUAUAGGAAAUCUGAGAGUGCGAUGUUUUAGCACAUUGACAUGUGUAGUCUGUUGUCAAUUAACAAGUUGGUGUAAGUAAAUCAUCAUUACAGUAAACAUUCAAUAGUAAUCAAUCAUCAAUUGCAUAGUAAAGUGGGUGCGGAUGGGGUGGCACUUUUUUCUUUUUAUGAUUAUAUGGUGGGACAGCAUUUUUUCUAAAAGCAGAGAUUUUUUUGGAAGAGGCCAGAAACAUCAAAUUCAAAUGAAUAGGAUUUUCUGAUUGCCACCCCCUCUGACCGAUAAACAAUGCUGCUGGGUGCCAUCCAUGGCUGGACAUGUAGAAUAAAUAGUUCUGGGUUGGGCAGAGUGAAUAUAUAUAGCUUUUUUUUUAAUGAAAUAAAUGUAUGAAACUUUUUGAUGUCAUGAUGUUUGCUAAUAUUUUUUGUGCAGCGCGAUAAGCCCAGCCGUAGGCUGGGGUACCCCCAUAUAUAAGACCAUUGUAAUAAUAAUAAUUAUUUUAUGUGUACUUAGUAUCAGUAUCUAGGACAGCAGAAAAUCGAACAUGCAGAAAAUAGAUAAGGAAAAAAAGAACUAUUCAUACUUUUAAAAUUAACAAUAAAAGACAUAAAUCAUAAUCUGGCGAUUUUUAUUUAAAUUGAUAAGUACUGUGGCACUUCCAGUAAUAUAUAACUCAACAAGCUGGCCAAAUUUUAAAUUUGCAAUUUUCCAUUAGGUAUCACCCACCCGAUGCGGUCUAUACUAUCCUAGUGAUGCCACUGCAUUUAAUUAUGCCUUGCCAUUAAUAUUACUACUAUAAAUAAGAUUCAGGCUGCAUUCACUUAGCCAAAAAUUAAAUAUUUAAAUUUUAAUAACAAUAAUUUACUAUAUAGGCCUAUUAUAGUAUAAGGGACCUUCUACAUAUGAUGUCACGCAUCUACCGGGGAGGCAAGUGGCAGAGCGGGUGCUGGGUGGUUGAAAGGUCUAAACUGACUCAAUCCAAAUAGCUGGAGGUCUGGAGUUCAAUCCCCACCAAUGCCAACAGCCCAAGCAACCAGAUGGAUUCUUAGCCCUGGAUGGCAAUUCAUCUAAGGAAGGCAAACUCUGAAUUUAAACCAGGAGCUAAAAUGAUCAAUAAAUUGAUUGUGGGCCCUCAAAUAUGAAUAGGAAAAAAAUUAAUAAAUAACAUUUUUGACUAUAUUUUAUGAAGUUGUCUAUAUUGUGUGACAAAUAUGGGGAGAGGGAUCCAAAAUUGUGCAAAAUAGUGUUGAUAACAUUUAUAGACAGCCCCUGAUAUAUUUAAUUAAAUCUCUUUAUUAUUUCAUUUCAGAUCCAAUGUUCUCAAUGUAGGACCUGACAAAUAGCUUCUUUGUUUGCAAAAAAAUAAUUUCCUUACCAAACUUGAGUCAAAGUACUUGCUAAAUAAACUAACUUACAUGCUCCAAAGAGUUAUCAAAAUAUAUUAUUCUGUUCAAUUUUCAAGAUACUUACAAUCAUUUAGUGUUUACAACCUAAAAAAUAUUGGCUUUGCCAUUCCAUUAAGUCAAGUUAAAGGCAACAGAAUGUUUUCAUCAAAGGUAAAAAAAAAUUUAUUAUAUAGGCCUAUAUUCUUUUCUUCAUCUAAAAAACUUUAAAAGAAAAUUAUAAUAAUUUUAAAGUCUAAUAAACAUGUUACAUCAUUUGGUGAAAAUUUAACUAAAAUGUAUUAUUUUAAUUAAAUCGUUAGUUCUUGUGAUUUCAUUUCUUUAUUUUUUAACAAGCAUUUAUUUAAAUUUGUAUUUACUUAUAUAAUAUAAUGAAGGUACCAUUAUCUAAAGAUGAGUUAAAAUGCUUUUGUUGAUCCAAUUAAAAGGAAAUUUUGUUUUCAUUCUUGAAAGUCUUUAUUUGAGUUUUUUAAAAAAUUACGUAUAAACCUAGAUUUGAAUGGUUUUCUUAGAAAAAUUUAUUAUAAACCUAGAUUUGUAUGGUUUUUCUUUCUUUUUUUUUUUUUUUUGAAAAACAAUAAUUUUUCCUUAUAAUUUGAUAGCCGCCAUGCAGAAUUGGGGAUGCUAUCACUGAUGUUGAAACUCCUGCCUUAAUUGUCUGCCUGGAGAAAUUAGAGGACAAUCUGAACACAAUGACAGCAGCCAUGAAGGCCUAUCCUAAUGUGAAAUUCCGCCCACAUGCCAAGACCCACAAAAGUGCAAUGUUGGGGCAGCUGCAGGUAAUAAGAAUUUUUGUCUUUCUUAUCUUAAUUUUUUAAUUUUUCAAUUAGAAAUUCAUCUGAAAAAAUUAUUUCUGUUUUAUUCCUCUUUUUUUUUUUUAUUGUUGAUCAGAUCAAGUCGGGGGCUGUUGGCCUGUGCUGCCAAAAAUUAACUGAGGCAGAGGCUUUAGUGCAGGGAGGCAUUGAAGAUGUUUUACUUUCAAACCAGGUGAGAUGACGUAACAUCACAUGUGAAACUAAUAAAGUAAACUAAUAAUAACAACGAUGUUUAUGAAGCUCAUCAUAACUUUAUUUUAUUAAUUACUGUUCAAUUUAUUUUUUAGAGCUAUAUGAUUUUCAUUAGGUGAUAACAUCCAAGAAACUGCUCAGACUAGCAGGACUGACUCGCUCUGCUCAUGUUGCUGUCUGUGUUGAUGAUGAGAAAAACAUUGAAGAUAUCAGUAAAGCGGCCAAAGAACUAGAUGUUACCCUUGAUAUAGUUAUAGAGGUCAAUGUUGGUGGGGACAGGUGAGAGAAACCUAGCGGGCUAAGACUGUGAAUACUUUUUGAAAGGUUCAAGGUCUUAAUAUUUUUUUUAUUUUCUGAGCGUUAUGUAUUAUAAUAAAAUGUAUUAGCCUUUCUCAAAUCUGAUGGGGAUUUUUAAGCUAUAAAAUAUAUGCAGUUGAACAAAUUGCAUCAGUAAACAUGAGAUUAUCUAUGUUAUCUCUAGUUUUGCAAGGUAGUUUAUAAAAGAGUACAUCAACAGCAUUAGAUAUAACUUUUGUAGAUUGAUUGACAUAUUGUUCAAAAAGUUGAUUAAAGUGAGAACAAAGGAACGCUUGUUUACCCCCUUGAUGUAGAACUUGGUCAGAGAAAAUGUUACUGUCUUUUCCUAUCCUCCCUAAAAUUUGUUUGCUUCUGUAAACACUUGGUGAAAGCUCCUUAGUUGAACAACUUAAAUAUUUGCAUCUUCUGACUGUUACUUUGUUUAACUCCAUUUGUUUUACACUGUUUAGAUGUGGAGUUGAACCAGGUGAAGAUGUUCCUCGACUGGCAAAAAAAAUUGAGUCACUUCCCAAUGUCAUGUUUAAAGGAAUUCACUGUUACAAUGGGUGAGUUCUCCCAUACAUAAAAUAAUAUCACCAACUAGAAUUUCAAAAAUAGUUUACAAGUGAGGACUACGUCAUAAAUGAUAACAGAGAAUUGCUGAAGAACUCCGACACAUUCUGUGACCAGAGCUUCAUUACAAUGGUGGAAAAUGAUCAAUAGAUAAUUUACCUGACAGUGGAUGAUUAAUUAUUUUGAGUACAAGAACUUGUUACAUGGCAUAUUUCUCUUUCAAAUAUAUAUAUAUAUUUUUUUGUUAAUGUUUUCAUUUAAUUCUUAUGUGUUUUUUCUUAAUAUUAAUAAUAUUAGCAUUGAUUUAUUUUGUAAUAGUAACAUUUACUUUGAUAUGUCCAAAUAUUGUUUCAACAUAUAACUUCAUUCAUAAUUUUUAUUACUUUUUACAUUCUGUCGUACAAAGAUUUUUACCAAGAUUUUCUAAAAGAAUUUAAUCUCACUAGCCGAAAUCAGCAUAUUCGAAGUGAAGCAGAUCGCAAGGCUGCAGUUGAUUUGGUAAUAGAAAAAACCAAGCUUGCCCUUGUGGUAUGUGGAGGAAUACUGAAAUAAAUUCAUUCAUUCAACUUUAAAUUUAUUUAGUGAUAAAUAUGCUUUGUAAUCUAUAAUUUCAAAUCUAUAAACUUAUACAAUUGUUGUUGAAAGUUAAAAUAUAAGAUUCUAAAUUUAAUACUAAUGCUUCAUUUACAGGCCCUGAAACACAGUGGCAUUGAAUGCAGCUAUGUUACCGGUGGUGGCACUGGCACGUUCCACUAUGAGGCUGCCAGUGGCAUCUUUACUGAGGUGCAGCCAGUAUCUUUUGUUAUACGAACAUUGGUAUCUUAAUGUCUUUGAUCAUGUACAACUCACAAAAUAAUCUGUCUACCUCAAGUUUCCUUGACACUAAAACAGGGCUCCUAUGUGUUCAUGGAUGUGGAUUAUGGGAAGAAUCUGGACAGCGGAGAUCAGUAUGUGUCAGAAUUUAAACAGUCCUUAUUUGUUUUGAGUACAGUUCAAAGUGUGGUAAGUUCCUUUCUCAAUGUUUUUAUUUACACAAACAGAUUUUUUGUUUUGUUUUAUUCCAUGUAUGUUUAUACUUUUUGUAACAUCUCAGUAAUUGGGGGAUAUUUUGGGAAUCUUGAGAGAGAGACCUGUCUUAAAACGAGAUUAGAGAAGGGUAGAAAAUAAGCUUGGUGCAUCCACGAUUUGUUGAAAGAUUGUGACUGAAGAAGGAUAGCAUACUUAUUAAAAUAUUUAUUGUCACAUUGAAGGAGCCAGCAUUGAAUAUUGUAUUUGUUUAUAUUUUAUUGUGAGUGCUACUAUAAAAAGUGUUGUGUAACAGCAGGACUUGAUAUUGUUCAUUGUGGAGGUGAGGAAUGCGUGUGUGACAGAGGACGCCUCCAAAUAUUGAAAUAGUGAGAAAUAAUUCUCCACAGUGAUAAGACAGUAAUUACAAUAAUACAACGUUUUCACCCAUAAUACCAAUAUCUCUUACACUUCUAUAUAUGUAAAUGUUAAAUUGUAAAUCAAUAGUUGAAUAUGGUCAAAAUUGUAAUAAAUGUGCUUUUUGUUAUGUAUUUCAACCCCUUGGUAGAAUUGUGGUUGAUAUUUUUUUUCAAAACUAUGUUAAUAUCAAAAUUCAAAUAAAAAUCUAUCAUAUCAUAAACCACUGACCUACAUUGUUUACUUUUAUUAAUUGAUACCUUGAUAAUUUUUCUCAUUAAUAUGCAUUAUAAUUUAGCCAGGGAACAGAGCCGUUCUUGAUGCUGGGCUAAAAGCUGUCAGUCUGGACUCUGGAGUACCUACAGUAAGAUAGUUUAUUAGACGUUCCUACAGUAAGAUAGUUUAUUAGACGUUCCUACAGUACCAUAGAUUAUCAAAGCAAUCUGUAAUAUGAUAGUUAUUAUGGCAUCUUGUUAACACAAAUUUUAAACAAGACACCUGAAUAAAUCAAGUAGUAUUUAAACAUGCUGGGGGCCCAAUGGUCAUAUUGUCUGCCCCUUGACCAAGAGGCGGCAGGUUUGACAUUGUCUUGGAAAUAUAUGGAAUGAAUCGCAAGUCUAAGACAGCUAAUUUCAUUUUGACUUCAGUGGUUGAAGUUUGUUUUAUUCAGGAUGUAUGUACCUCAUAUCUAUGAAUAGCUCGCCUGCUGGGGAUGUAUGUACCUCAUAUCGAUGAAUAGCUGGCUUGUUGAGGAUGUAUGUACCUCACAUCUAUGAAUAGGUGGCUUGCUGGGGAUAGAUGUACCUCAUACCAAUGAAUAGCUGCUUUGCCUGGCAGGUGAUUCCAUUCCAUUAGAUGCAUGCAGCAGGGCUGCUUGUUUAAACCUUUUGACGUAUACUAGUAUGAAAGUCUGAAAUUUAGAUACCAUGUUUGUCAUUCAUGUACUAAAACAACAUACUUAAAACCCUUACUAAACUGGUGGAAUGCGUUGGAAAAAAAAAAUUCAAGGAAAGAUUAUUCAAAAUCUUUACUUCAACAUUUUGCACAAUAAAAAAUGUUACAACUCUGUAUCCUUUAUAUUAUAUUCUGAAUAAAAUAAUUAUUGAAAAUUUAUAUUGACAGUUUUAACAACACAUACCUUAGCUGGAAAUGCUUGUUGUUGUUGUUGUUUUUUUAAAUAAAAAGGGAAGAAAUAGAGCAGAUUAAAAAAACAUUCACAUAAGAUUUGUAGUUAAAUUGAAAUUUGUUAAUAUCUCUCUUGCGAUAUCCCUGCUAGCCACAUUGGUGGCAUAAAAUACUAUGACUGCCCCAAAAAGAGUUAAGCAAAUAAAAUUCGUAUUAUCAAUCAUGUAAAAUUUGUAUUUGAUUUUAGCUUAGAGGUGCAGGGGACUUAACUUACCACAGCGGCGGUGAUGAACACGGAGUUAUUGUUCCUGCUGGCGAAUUAAAGGUUGGUAACUUAAGAAACGAUGCUUGAAAUAGUUGUAAAUAGUUGACAUAGGCACCCCUUUCAAAUUACAGGAAUGGAAACAAAUUAAUAACUAAAAAUGUUCCUGUCGUUAUAGUUGGGAGACCAGGUUUGGCUGAUACCAGGUCAUUGUGACCCAACUGUGAAUAUGCAUGAGUGGAUCAUCGGAAUGCGGAAUGGCAAGGUGGAGAGUAUUUGGCCAGUAGGUGGACGUGGUCCAGGUAUUUAGGCCUGGAACCAACAGAAGAGGACUGUCAUGGUUUCAUUUCAAACUGUUAAAUUCCAGGGUCUUGUUAAAACUUUUGUGAUUACAUUACUUAGGAGUGCAACUCAAUAAUUAUUUCUAUAGCAGCUGACAUUUCAGGUUCUUGUUGAAGCUUUUGUGAUUACAUUAUGUUGGGAGGGCCACUCCAUAAUUAUUUCUAUAGCAGCCGCAAAUACAAGUAUUAGGCUAUGUGUAUGAUGAACCCAAAUAACUGUUGAAAGAAUUGAUAUGUUGUAAUUUAAUUAAUUAAUUAAAAUGGCUUUUACUAAAUCUAUGGGCAAUUUUUGUAUAAUUAUGAGAACUCCAUUCAUGAUCAUGUUAUAAAUGUCUCUAAGAAUCAAGCAUGAAAAUAUUAUGAAUUUUGAAAUUAUUUACCAUUUGACCAAUGAAGGCUAUCAAUUACAAUCAAGGCCAUUAAUUACUGAAGUGUAAUAUGAGUAAGUCAUUUACAUAAUUGUUUCUGAUGGUUUUAGAUAAAAUGUGGAAUAGCUGCUUUUAAUCAGGAAUAUAUUAUUCAGAUAUCUAUGUCACUGUUUUUGAAAUGGAAUGAGGUACAUUGUUGAUCAACUUUACUUGUAUUGAAUAUCAUAAACUAAUAAGAAAAGGAAUGGUGAUUGAUAUUGGAGAUUCUUAUCUCCCAUUAUUGUAAUUGACAAAUUGGUGUGUAGUUGGCUAAUUAAUAUUAUCUAGUCUCCCUAAUUCUUUAAAAAUAAUUAUCGUUUUGAAUUUCAAAACACUACUUUAAUUUGAAGAGUGUUCAAUUAUUCAAUACCUUUCUAUGCAUUUCUUUUUAUCGCUGUUGAAAAUGCGCACAAUUUUUACAAUGAAAUAAAAUUAAACAACCAAAUGUGCCAUUUGUAUUAGAGAAUAAAAUGGUUGGUUGUGGGUAUAUUUUUAAUUGCCAUGAAACCGGUUUAUUAAACCGGGUAAUUGAAUAAGCCUGUUCACUCAUUAUGCCAAAUAUUUAUACAAAUAAACAGAUGCUUUUC